GGUACUGAUCCUGCAUAUGAAGGAAUAUAUAACUGUGUGGUAAUGGACAUCACAGAAACUGACCAGACAAUUUAUGUGGGACUAUACAAUGGAGGAGGAGACAUCUCAAUACCUGGGGAACUGACAUUGGCGUCAGACAUCAAUGGAGCCAGUCCUCAGUUCACCCUCACCUGUAUCUCCACUGGUGGACCUGCUACCAAUGUCACUUGGACCAGAGACAAUAUCAAUAUCACUGGAGAG